AUGGCUACACGAUAUGUAUCUGGUUCACAAACCACUAAUAUAUACCGAGAGAUACUAUUUGCUGGAUUCCCACCGCGGGGAGAAGAGAAAUUCUCUCCAGCAUUCGUCCGCGGCUUCUUUGCUCAUUACGGUUCCGUGCAGAACUUUCUCUUUGACACCGAGCGGGGAAUUGGAAGUGUAACGUUUGCCACUAGUGAGAUUGCUGUGAACUGUUACCUCGCCGUACAUCUCUCACUUUUGCCAACACCCGAUAACGCCAAUAGCCAUGAGGAUAAGAAUAGUAAAGGUGAUAAUGUGUAUCUUCUCUACAUGGAGUUCGCCCAAAGUUGUCCGUUUGUAAAUCCUAAAUUAUUAUUAUUGGGAGAUAUGAGUCGAUAUCUCCUCCGUCAUGGUAAACAAAAGAUCAUGAAAAGAAUCAACACUUCCACAGAGAGAAAUCAUACUGGCAUGGCAGGAGCUGUGGCAUCACAUAUUGUCGUUUUAUGGCGAGACUCGGAUGAAAAUGAUGAGAAAACAACAACAGAGAAAGGACAACUUGUACGUGAUGGACCAAACUUCCCAGUGGAAGCGGAAGAUGUUCCUGAGGUUCUUACGGAAGCACUGUGGUCAGUACUUAAACCUAGUGGAGACUCUAUUGCGAGUGGUGAUGCUGUAACGGUGUUAGAUCUCUGGUGGGAGUUUUAUCAUCGAUAUGUAUUGCAUAAGACAGAACCAGAAGCGAGUCGAAUUAAAGAUCCAUAUCUUAAAUACGCACAAAAAGCCACUGUAGCUCAGGAAAUAUAUAAAGUACUAAAAACAAGUAAGAGAGAUGCUUACGGUGAUGAGGAAGAAGCCAUAGCGGUGAUUAAACGUCUCAUGCAUGAUGAUGUCUACCAUAGUGUGUGUGGAUAUUUAAUGUUCAAGUUGCAGUUUCACAUUGAUCCAAGUUGGGCGAGUCUCGUGCGUGAUGUGACUUCUGGCACGGCUGCUGCAACGGCAUUUCAAGCUGCCAAGAGGAAAAACAAUACUACUACUAAUCAUAGUAAUAAUAAUAAUAGUGAUGACGAUUAUGAUGAUAGGGAGGAGGAGGAAGCGGAGAAGGCGCUAUUAAAAAUGCCUCUUCUUCCUGCAGCGUCUAAUGUGAUUGAAAAUGUUCGCUUUCUCCGUGCUGUGCGGCGUGGGGCUUCAGUGGAUCAUUUACAUGAGGAUUCAAACACAGAAUCAUCAGAGAAACGUACCCAUACGACUAUUAGCUCCACCCGACUUGAUGAGGAAGAUUUAUACAUGGAAAUACUUCAUACCAUUGACGGAUUUGCCCCUUACGGAAAUGCCGCCGCGUUAAUGUCAAUCUGCGAAUCACCGCAGACAUUCCGCAACACGCCUGGUCACAUUGGGUGGAGUGAAGUCCACAAUAAGAAAACCGGCACCUCCUCGUGGUGGGUGAUAUUUCAGGCAAUGACAUUUGUGUUGAUAGUCCUCGCACUCACUGCGUGGGGUGCAACUUCACUGGCAACUUGGUUGGGGCUUAUAAAGGAGGAUGGCCCUAAUACUAUCGGCAGGAUGGGUGGGUACAGUCAGCCAGGGGACGUUUAUGAUACCCUUCCAGCACAUGUGAAGAGGAAGGUGAAUAUACAAUUGGCACGGUUGUGA